CUUUCCAACUGAUCCACAACUCCCUCUUCUCCCUCAUCUUCCCUCACAACAAUAGGCAUCGAGGGCUGUGCCUUUGCCGACCUCGUACAAUAGUGCAGACCAGACCCAUUUUAUUCACCACCUUUGCAUCGGCCUGGACGCCGUAGCACUCCCCAGAGGAGCAAAACCAAGAGGAGCACAGCAGCAAUAGUCAGCCCACGCAACUCGACCGCAGAGCGGUAGCCAAUCAUCUACACUCGCGACACACAGCCCACCAAACCUUCUUCGACAUCAUGUCCGACAACAACAACAACAGUAACAGCGGCAACGGUGCUAGCGCCAACAAUGCCUCUUCUUUGCGUCCACCCUCCUCGGCCACGCCCCAGACCCACUCGAUGGGAUCCGCUCCAAUCGGACGAUCCUCCAGCCCUCUAGGGUCGAACCCAUCGCGCUACUCUUUGGGCAAGCCCUCGACACCCUCUGAGCAGAUGCUCCGCAAAGCUCAUGACGUCGGUGUGAGCGGUGGUGGUGCCGGUCUCCGCAGUCCCUCGUCCACCUUCAGCCUAGGCAGCAGCGCUGGCCUUGCCCGCUAUGGGCCCCGACCCAGCUCCGAGAUGCUCGGCAUGGCCGGGGGCAACUCUGUCAAUGCUGAGCAAGAGGCCAUCGACAAGUGGUUCGAAGAUCUCCAGCACUACGAGGCCACUCUCGAGGAGAUGGCAGCCGCUUCUCUAGACCAGAACUUCAAGGAGGAGCUCAGCGCCAUCGAGCAGUGGUUCCGUGUCCUCAGCGAGGCAGAGCGAACCGCAGCCCUGUACAGUCUGCUGCAGGAGUCAACACAGGUCCAGAUUCGCUUCUUCAUCACUGUGCUCCAGCAGAUGGCUCGCAGCGACCCCAUGAGCGCUCUGUUGAGCCCUAGUGCCAACAAUCCAAUGGCCGAGCAGAUGGAGGCUAAACUGGCUUCCCUUGGCCUCAAGUCGCCUACCGCCAUGAAGACGCCUUCUUCCCCUGGUAACAGGGCUACGCACUCGUACCUCUCCCCCAAUGCUGCCUCAAUGAACUUUAGCCCCGGCAGCGACGCUGCUGCAGCUCUCCUCGCAGCCCAGCGAGCUAAGCUGAAGGCCAACCGCGUCUCUGCGCCUGGUACAUUUACGGGCGAUCAGCGAGGAGAGCAUCAGCGCAACUCCUUCCAGGGCAGCGGCCUCGACCAGGUUCAGGAGCGAGGUGGCGACAGCCCAAGCAUCAAUCGAUCUCGCUCUCCUGGCCUUGACGCAGGUGGUAGGCCCAAGUCGAUCGAUGUGUUGGGCGCCAGCGCAGCCAAGUCUCCACGUCGAAGCGGCCCGCUUGACGAUCAGCUGAGCCCUGUGCCCAGCUCGGGCAACUGGGCGAGCAUGGUGAACACGCCCCUGACCAACAUGUUCGACGACCAUCAAGGCAGCAACGUCAACCUGGACGCCGCCUCUAGCCAGCUUGCUACGGUCGCCGAGGGUCAGACGGGCGGAAGCGGUAUCCAGCUUGAUCAGGACAUGAGCAAAUACCAGCGCAGGCGUAGCGGCCAGCCAGGCUACGAUCAGCAAUAUGGCUCCGGAGGUGGCGGCGGUAGCGGUCACUCUCCCAACCUCGGCUCUUCAGCCUGGCCGUCCAACUCCUCUGCGUCAGCCCAACAGCCUGACUUCCUGCGUGCGUCGCCCAACCCAGGCUCUGCGCAGUUUUCUGCUUUCCAAACCAUGUCUCCCAACACCUUUGCAGGGCUGCAGAGCCCCAGCGGCGGCUUUGGAAACGGAAUGAACAUGCAGAUGAUGAAUGCCAUGGCGGCGAUGGGCGUCAACAAUGCCAAUGCGGCUCAAUUCCUUCAGAUGCAGCAGCAGAUCCUCCAGAACCAGCAGCAAAUUGCAGCUAUGGCUGCUGCACAGCAGCAACAACAGCACGGGCAACGCCGAGACCGUGCAGGUGGCCUGACCACGCCUCAUACGGCGGCAAUGGCUGGCCGGCGCAGCCCUGCAGCUAACAACAACCGCCCUUUGGCCCCGCCCAACAGCGGCAAGGGCCUCGGAAGUGCUACCACUGCCACGCCAGGAAGCGCUGCCACGGCUGGCGGAGGGGAGGAAGAAGUUCCUGAUCUCUCGGUCCUCAAUGACGUACCUGCCUGGCUGCGUCACUUGCGCCUGCACAAGUACACGCCUAACUUCGAGUCGUCCAACUGGAAGGAGAUGGCCGUCAUGACUGACAGCGAUCUCGAGGCCAAGGGUGUGGCGGCGCUCGGUGCGAGGAGAAAGUUGCUGAAGACGUUCAAGGCUGUUCGAGAGAAACACGGCCUGAUGGGACGGGACGAUGAGGAGAAGGCUGGAGAUGGGCUGAGGGGAGCUGCUACUGCUGCUGCCAGUGCGACGGGGAAGAAGGAGGGAGAGAGCACGGAUUCUUGAAAAACGGCCGCAGGAUGGAACAAGAGGUCGGGCACGCAUGCAUGGUUGCACGUCAUCAUAAGGCCACGCUCAAAAUACACGGACGCGGGGUCGUCAUCCUUACAAUCUUUAAGCGCAAUCUACCCCUUCUACUUCUUCUAUCUCUCCUUUUGUGCCUAUGAUUUCCUUCCUGUCUUUAUCGAAUCCAAGCUUGAUCGUUACCAGUCUGCA